UUUUUUUUUUUUUUUUUUUUUUUAAUUUUUUCUUUCUCUCCUUUGGGGCUGCUUUUCCUUCCCCUCUCCGCCAGCGGAGCGGGGAGGGGGAAAAAAAGAAGAGGAAGAGGAGGAGUGCGAGCAGAAAUGCAGCGCGGCUCGCCCUGAGCCCCGGAGCGGAGCCGCGGCCAUGUGCGCGCCCGGGAGCCGCCGCGCUGGGGCCGGGGCCGCCCGCGGGCCGGGGGGGCUCUGACUCUUCCCCCCAACCCCUCGGAUCCUCCGCGCCCCCCCCCCCUCCUCGCUCCCCCGAUUCGGCCCCAGCUGCCUCGGACGGACCUUUGCAAGCGGGGCGGCCGCUUCCCGGAUUUACAAGGCGCGGGGGCGCUGCCCGCCCGCCCGCCCACCCGGGGGGGCUUCGCCGCCGACCCUCCCGCAGCGGGCUUUGCGCUCUCCGGGGACAGCGACCCCAUGGGCGGCGGGGUCCGGCGGCCGGCCAUGGUUGUUAGCCCGGGCUCCCUGCUCCGCCUGGCCGGCUGAGCCCUCCCCGCUGCCGGGACUCGGGGCCGCAGCGCGUUAAGCGGGGCGCCCCCGGCCCCCUUUCCCCCCCGGGGGCGAGGGGCGCAGCGCUCCCGGCCAGCCCCGGCGGCGCCCCCCGGAGCGGAGCGGCUUUGGCGAGGCGCGGGGGGCCCAUGAGCGGCGAUGGCAGCGGCUAUCGCCAGCUCGUUGAUCCGGCAGAAGCGGCAGGCGAGGGAGUCCAACAGCGACCGGGUGUCCGCCUCCAAGCGCCGCUCCAGCCCCAGCAAGGACGGGCGCUCCCUGUGCGAGAGGCACGUCCUGGGGGUCUUCAGCAAAGUGCGCUUCUGCAGCGGCAGGAAAAGGCCGGUGAGGAGGAGACCGGAACCCCAGCUGAAAGGAAUUGUGACAAGGUUAUUCAGCCAGCAGGAAUACUUCCUGCAGAUGCACCCAGAUGGUACAAUUGAUGGGACCAAGGACGAAAACAGCGACUACACCCUUUUCAAUCUAAUUCCUGUGGGUCUUCGUGUGGUGGCAAUCCAAGGGGUGAAGGCAGGUCUGUACGUUGCCAUGAACGCUGAGGGAUAUCUCUACAGCUCAGAUGUUUUCACACCAGAGUGCAAAUUUAAAGAAUCUGUCUUUGAAAACUACUACGUUAUUUAUUCUUCCACGCUGUACCGGCAGCAAGAAUCCGGACGAGCGUGGUUCCUGGGACUCAAUAAAGAAGGUCAAAUUAUGAAGGGAAACCGGGUGAAAAAAACCAAACCCUCAUCACAUUUUGUACCCAAACCCAUUGAAGUGUGCAUGUACAGAGAGCCAUCGCUGCAUGAAAUUGGAGAAAAACAAGGACGCUCUAGAAAAAGUUCAGGGACACCAACCAUGAAUGGAGGCAAAGUUGUUAACCAAGACUCGACAUAGCUGACAAACACCCUCCCUACCUCCAGCUCCUCCCCUCCCACCCACCUUCCCACCCCACCUGGCGAAACCACACUGAGACGACGACAGCUGAGCAAGGCAGGACCUACCGGUAGUGGCUAGGAGUCGGAACUCAAGAAGCUUUCUUUGUGUAGGACGAGGAAACCGAACCCCAGAUCUUGCCUGUUGCAACGUUUUAAACAAAACAAAACGAAAACACACACACACA